AUGAAAAUGCACAACCUGACCUGGGUGAGUGAGUUUAUCCUCAUCGGGCUCUCGGGGGAUAGGCAGGUCCAGGCCGGAUUCUUCGUCCUCUUUGGGGCCGCUUAUCUGCUGACCAUGCUGGGCAAUGGGCUUAUCGUCCUCCUGAUUGCGCUGGACGCCCGGCUGCACCUGCCCAUGUACUUCUUCCUCUGCCACCUGUCGGUGGUGGACAUCCUCUACACGUCCAGCGGGGUGCCCCAGAUGCUGGCGCACUUCCUGCGGGAGAAGAAGACCAUCUCCUACGGCCGCUGCGGGACGCAGCUCUUCUUCUCGCUGGGUCUGGGGGGCACCGAGUUCCUGCUGCUGGCCGCCAUGGCCUAUGACCGCUACGUGGCCGUGUGCGACCCGCUGCGCUACGUGGUGACCAUGAGCCCCAGGCGCUGCGGGGUGCUGGCGGCGGCGUCCUGGGGCGUGGGCCUGGCGAACUCCGCGGUGGAGACGGCAGUGACCAUGCGCCUGCCCACCUGCGGGCGCCGCGUGCUCAACCACGUGGCCUGCGAAACGCUGGCCCUCGUCCGGCUGGCCUGCGUGGACAUCACCCUCAACCAGGCGGUCAUCGUGGCGUCCAGCGUGGUGGUGCUGCUGGUGCCCUGCACGCUGGUGUCGCUGUCCUACGCCCACAUCGUGGCUGCCAUCCUGCGCAUCCGCACGGCCGGCGGGCGCCAGAAGGCCUUCGGGACCUGCGCCUCCCACCUCACCGUGGUCUCCAUGUCCUACGGGAUGGCCCUGGUGACCUACCUGCAGCCCCGCGCCACCGCCUCGGCGGAGCAGGAUAAGGUGGUGGUGCUCUUCUACGCCGUGGUGACCCCCAUGCUGAACCCGCUCAUCUACAGUUUGCGCAACAAGGAGAUGAAGGCUGCUCUGAGUCGGGUUCUGAGGAGGACCCCGGAGCGCUAG